GCUGAUUCUAAACAUAAACCUUCGAAAGCUAGAUCGCAAGAAAAAGUUCAAAAGCAGGCUUCGAAAACGUCUUGUUGGUCUUGUCGGUCCAAUGGAGAAAAAAAUAAAGCAAAGAAGUCGGACAAAUCUAAAAAGAAAUCAUCAAAAAGUAACAGUCAGGAGAAAAUUCAAAAGGAUACGUUAAAGAAACCUGCUGAUUAUAAACAUAAACCUUCGAAAGCUAGAUCGCAAGAAAAAGUUCAAAAGCAGGCUUCGAAAACGUCUUGUUGGUCUUGUCGGCCCAGUGGUGAAAUAAAUAAAGCAAAGAAGCAGGAUGAACCAAAAAGGAAACCAUCAAAAAGUAAAAGUCAAGACAAAGAUAAGUCAAAGCAGCUAGCGGAUUCUAAACAAAAGCCUUCGAAAGAUAGAUCUCAAGAAAAAGUUCAAAAGCAGGCUUCGAAAACGUCUUGUUGGUCUUGUCGCUCCAGUGGCGAGAAAGAUAAAACCAAACAAAAGCCUUCGAAAGCGCGAAGUCAAGAAAAAGUUCAAAAACAGUCAUCCAAAACAUCUUGUUGGUCCUGUCGCUCGAGCGGAGAAAAAAAGAAAACCAAGAAGUUUGAUGAAUCUAAA